GGCAAAUAAAAUAUCGUCAACAUGUCUUCUCUAGAGGGCGACACAGAAGCCCGCAGCAUCGGCGCCCUAGGCACCAUGGUCCGCGCCGUCGGGGGCUGGACCAAGCCCAGCGGGCGUGGACUGUACAUGUUCCGCAGCCUCAUCACAGGAAGCUGCUGCGCGGCUCUCUUUGGACUGUGCGGUGCCGGCCUACUCGGGUACACGAUUGGCGCGGGGGGAAUCGGGUUCGCAGGGGGUUCAUGCGUGGGCUUCAUCGCGGGGACGAUCACGUACUUUAUGGACUGUCGUCGACAGAGCUUACUCGCGUUGGCGAGAUAUCCGGAACUGAUGCGGUUGCAUUUGUUUAUUAAUUACCCGUCGAGAGACUAUCGGAUGCCGUUUGCGAAUGACGAGAUGGAUUUGGAGAUGAAGGGGAUGCUGAUCUCGGCGUGGCAUUCUGCUGCGACUACCAUUGAGGAAAUCCAAUACGACGAGGAGAGAAGGAUUGUUGCGGGGUAUUCGAAGGAAAUGGAACGCAUCCAUCAGGAAAAGGACAGUACUUAGGCAAUUCGCCAGCUAGUUGUACACCACAGCUAUUGUGAUCGAUCGGCCUAUUAUUGCGAUCUGCAAUUGAACAGUCAGUACAUAUCGAUCAAGGUCAAUGUCAUUGCGUGUAAUCCAUCUCGAUGGUAUCUUCAGGACCCUUGGGGUAAUCAAUACUGUUUAUCUUUGUCCAUCUACAAAUCCAUAAUACUUCAAGCC